AUGGAUGAAAUCGGUGCAAAACAGUUCGACGAACUUCGCGAUCGACGAAGUCAACAAGCCGGAAGUGACGACGGUUUACGAAGGACAUCUCGGACCCGGAAGGUCCCGCGUGAGUACGCAGAAUAUUUAAAUGAAAUACAUUCCAAAGGACUAAAGCAUGAAUUAUUAAAACUUUCGCAAAUUAUUGAAGUAUCUACAGAGUCUUUAAAAACUUAUGAUUAUAGUAAUAUUGAGACUACAGAAAUUGAAAAAACUUUGGACACUAUACAUUCAAAGUGGGUUAAGUACCUCAAAGUACAUGAAGAUUAUUCUCAGCUGAUUAAUAACACGCGUGACUUGGAGCGUCUUAGCAUCCAACGUCAAAGUCUCGAACGAAAAAUAAAUGAAUGUAAUCAACUAGCUAUUGGUCAACUUAACAAGAGCAUUCGCAGUUUACAGAGAGACUCAAAGUUUGAGAAUGGUCUUCACCUUAAGGAUGAUGAUAAACUUUCUGUGUCAGUACAAAGUAGUGUUUCCAUGUCAAGGUCGUCAAAGAGUAGACGUUCAGGGGGGUCCUCUGUGUCGUCUAGGGUGAAGACAGCGGCUCGUUCAGCAGAAUUAGCAAGGUUGAAACUAGAGCAGGCUGAGAGAAGAGCAAAAGCAAAGGAAAAACAAAUGCAAGAACAGAUAGAAUGUGAGUUACAAGAUUUGCGGGACCAAGCGGAGUACUCUCAGUUAGAAGCCGAACUUUUGGCAGCCGAUCAGGCAGACGAAAGAUAUAGUGACUGCGGAAGCAUGCGUAGUUUAUCAAAGGCUGUAGCUGGCAACAGGGUUAAUAUGAAGGUAGAUGUAAAAAAUUCGACACCACAGGACAGAGCUUUCUACAAGACAGAUCACCCCUCAACUCGGCCUGAGUUAGUCAAAUCGCCACCCGAAUCAGUGGUCGAUAACAAGCAAGGGAUUGCGUCCCUUUCUGAGAAAUGCAAUGACACGGAGCCAUCUACACCCGAGUUUAAACCAAGCGUUGACAAAACUAAACCUGAUUUAACAACUACAUUACUCGAAAUGAAUCAGCAAUUGGUUAGUGCCAUGAAGCAGGGAACCGAAACAACCACUGUUAUGAAAGCCAUGUUACAGCGGCAAGGGAUUCCGAAACCCCAGCCAAUGAAAUUUAGAGGUGACCCUGCUCAGUUUCCUGUUUUUAAGAAGCGAGUGGAGGUUUGGUUAAACGAAAGAGAGUUUGAUGAAAGAGAAAAAAUAACUCGUCUUCUCAGUUUCGUGGAAGGUGAUGCUAGAGACGCAAUUGAACAUUGUGAACUGAAAUCAAACGGUUUUAGUCAAGCCAUGAAAAUAUUAGAGUCUCAGUAUGGUCAUCCUUCUAGCGUAGUCAAAGCAUCCCUAAAACGAGUCACG